AUGACGUCUCCGACAGAAAGCUCGCAUUUACGCGGCGAUAGUGCUGGCCAUGCGGCGGCAGAGGCACCUUCUUUUGAGGGGUACGACGCCGCGAAUGCACAAGCCACGGCGCCGUUUUUGUCAAAUGUGGAAAGCCACGUAGGCAGAAUCACGCUGACCGCGCCCGAUAAUAUACGAAGAAGCAGGCAGCGCGAUAAGCGCGCCGCAACUACGCGCUUUUCCCGACUUGUCAUCACAAGGCCGGCGCGCGCAAGCACGUCGAAUUUGCGCUCUGCACAAACCGAACGCGGCGCGCGGCAAGGAGACCCUUUGGCACAGCCGCGGCCCCGCACGACGCGCCUGCGUGCACAAUCGACUGGGAGCAGCGAUGCGCGGCGCAAUACGCCAAACCAAGUGCAGUCGUGGACACGGCGGCUGAGCGUGUGGGACGACGUGAACACGUUGCUGGAAAUGUCCCAUCCCGAUGCCGUGGACGCGCCGCCGCCGUUUGCAGUACAGCAUGCAGCACCCCCGCCGAUUCCCACGAGUCCCCCCCCGCCCUUCGUAAGCGAUCCAGAAUCUGAGGGCGAAAACGAUACACACAUAUCCCAGGAUCGCAGCGAUGAAAGUGCGGAAAUAUCGGUGGAUGCCGCUACGCUGCACGAACGCGAUGCAUGGGAGAACGAUCGUAUUGCUGGAUACACGUUGGAAGAGCGAGUCGCACGCAUGGAUAUGCGUGCAAAAGCACCAGCGCGUGGCACACUGCAUGCGGCGCUGCAGCGUGCCUCGAGACGUGCCGCAGCACCUCGUGUGCGGCAAGUACCUGCUGAUCCCACAGCACCACGCGAUGAUGCGGGUCCCAGUGUACAUGUGACGGAUCCGUCGCAGCUGCUCGAGCCUGUACGUGCGCCAUCUCCCCUGCAUACCCACACAAAAAUGCCCACGCACGAGCCUGAUAUUUCGAGCGACGAAAAUGAGCAUGAAGAGGAGGAAGGCGAUUCUGACCAAGACUGGCAGAAUGAGCACGAUGCACUCUAUGCUCUACACUGCUACGAGGCAUCGAUGCAAAGAGCGAUGCGCGACUCGAAGCUGCAGGCAGUCAGGAAUGAGUCUGUGCGGACGACACAGCCGUCGUUUAUGUCGAUACUCAACGAGCUCGAGCAGAGUUUGCCGCGUGCACCGCCACGGCAGUGGGCGCGUACGCCGGCGUUUGAUACUGUGCAUACGGCAAGCAGCAGCAGUUCCGAGGGGUUGCUCGUUUCUGUGUCGAGCGCCUCGAGCCAGGAUACCCUCGCGAGUAUUGAGACAAACAAGGACGACGACGAGACCGCGCUUGCGAAUGGGCCCAAGGCGCAUCGCCUGGGCACACAAACAGCAAAAGAGAGCUGGGUGGCCAUGGCCCACCGUGCAAAAGCAUCCCCGGAGGAAACAGGGCGUACUGCCUUCUCCAAACGGCCAUUUGCGAGGACGAGCGACGAGGAGACGCACAGUUCCCGCACUGAGGAAUCCAACGUGUCUAGCGGUUCGUCCAGCUCACCCCUCGCACAGACAGAUACCGCGCCGCGCGGCACAGCCGCCCGUGAAGCGCGUCUUUUUCCUUCUCCGCCGCCAUUGCCGGACAAAGACGUGCCGACUUCUGCGUGCCCCGCCAAACAGCAAAGCGUCCCGCAUGAGACGCACAGCCUGUCUUAUCCCCCACUCGUGAGCGGGCCUAGCGCUGCGUCGAGCAAGGCGCAUCCCUCACUAGCACCGGUCCUACAAGCUCCCAACCCCCGCCAUGCACCCGUACAAGAGCGCCCCACGCCGCCAACCUUGCCUCCACGUAGGCGUACACACAGCACCGUGCAUGCGCGUCCUCUUCCGCCUCCUCCGCCCUCCCAAGUUCCCUUUUUACGAUCGGCAUUUGACCAGCUGCGCGAGCUUCAAUCGCCGCCACCUGCGCCGACCGCCGACAGUACCGAACAAACUUUGCACACGCUGCCCGUGCCCGAGUUUGCACCGACGCGGGCCGAUCUAGACCGCUUGGAGCAGUAUCUCACCAGCCGUCUUCCUUCGAACCAAGCAGCAAGCGAGGCGCAAGCGGCGUCUAUAGGCUUGUCACGCACUGUGAGUCACUAUGGCGGUGCAUUUACCAACCCCCGCUCGUCUGCUGCGCCUUUGCCGAGCCACUCGCGCUUGCCGACCAUCACUGCAGCGACACGCCACUUUCCACCCACGCGUACCUUUGCACCCGACAUGGCACAGCCCAGCGCUGUGCCCACGCCAUACGAUGCAUUUGAGGCUGUGCCGCAAGCGCCCCGCCGCAGCACGCCGCCGAGUUUUGUGCGCGACGUACAGGAUAUCCCACACGAGCUGGUGCCUGGGCAUUCCAGCCCCGCCGCUCCGCCGCUCCUCGGCGACGCAUCGGCACCCUUCACACCUGUUUCGCCGCGCGCGCCCCGGCAAGCUCCGCCGCCGCCGAGUGCGUCUCAGCGUGUUUCGAGUCGAUCUCGCGUGGUGCGCACGCGUCCAGCGCGAGCUUUGCAGGUGUGCCCGGCAGGAACAACGGACAUUUUCGACCCCACACUCCCUGUCCAGCCCAUCGCGACGCAGCUGUUGCGAAAUCCUCUUGUAGAGCGCUCUCCUUCCAGUGCUUCUUCCGAGGCGCCGCGCUCAGAUUCAAGCGCCCAAUCGCGAGAGAGCGAAGAGGGCAUCACCGACUUGGACCUUGCCGUGGCGCACCUGGACGAUCCAGAUACGCACUAUGAGAUUGCGUCCCUCCUUGGCGAUUUUUUGGGGCCCGCGUCGGUGGGCUCUGUGCUCACACAGGAGCAACUGCAAAACAUCAAUGUGAGCCGCGUCGAGUUGGAGUACCGCCGCGUACUGCCAUCUGGCAAGGUGAAGCAAAAGCUUAGCGUCGCUGGCGUGCGUGUGGAUCGAUGCGGCAUUUGCCUUGCCCAGUUCCGAGAAGGGCAAAUGGUCUGCAUCCUUCCCUGUUUCCACAUGUUCCACAAUGAGUGUACUGUCCAGCUCGUGCGUUCCAGCAAGCUGUGUCCCAAUUGCCGCCACGACAUUUCCCUGGGCCCUGUAUAG